AUGUUAAAAAAAUCAACAUCAUUAUCUCCGUCAAAAAAAAGUUUUUUUCGAUUAAAUUCUAUUGAAAAUUAUUCACCAUCAUUAUUUAAGUCAACACAAUCGAUAUGUGUACAAACGGACAUAAUUGAAAAAUCUUCAAAAUCCACAAAUACACCAAAUUAUUUAGAUGAUAUGUUAAUACAAGGCAAAAAUAUGAAUGAUGAUGAAUUUGAAAAAUUUAUUAAAGAUCGAGCAUCUGAUUGUUAUUGGAAAAUUUUGGCUGAACGUGCUCGAAUAAAACUUGAUGAUGAAUUACGAGAAAAUCGACAACUUCAUGAGUUAUUCGAAGAAUUAACUAAAGAAAAUGAACAAUUACAAGCAAAAAGUGAACAUUGUGAAUAUUUAACAAAUGUUUUCAAUUCUAUGACGUCAGAAUAUGAUAGUGGUAUUGAACUUCACAUUAACGAUGAAUCUCCAAUGUCAAAACGACAAAAAACACAUAUUUAA